CCCCCCCCCCCCAAAAAAAAAAGAGAACCCAUAAGAACAGCUCCGUGUUCACAGAGAGAGAUUGGAGAAGCAAUCUCUGGAAUUCUCAUGGGGCUCCAUGUGGGUUCUUGAUCAAUUCCGAAACCCAGUCAGGAUUUGGCUGUUCCAAUUUUAGUUGGCUAGUUCUGGUUCUGUUGUUGUGGUCGUUAUAAGGCUCCAAUGUUUCAAGAAGAAGGGUCUUCUUCUGUUACUUCGUCACCUCUACAAUUAUUUUCCAUGAUGUCCCUUUCUCCAAGCAUAGGAUCACCAUACCCUUGGCUUAGAGAACUUAAAUCCGAAGAGCGGGGUUUGUACUUGAUCCAGUUAUUGCUUACUUGUGCAAAUCACGUUGCUGCGGGUAGCCUUGAGAAUGCAAAUAUUGCCCUUGAGCAAAUCUCCCUGCUUUCUUCUCCUGAUGGUGAUACCAUGCAGCGUAUAGCGGCAUACUUCACUGAGGCGCUCGCUGACAGAAUCCUAAAAGCUUGGCCCGGUCUUCACAAAGCCCUCAAUGCCACCAGAAUAACAUUGAUUUCGGAAGAAAUUCUUGUUCAAAAACUGUUUUUUGAGCUGCUUCCGUUCUUGAAGGUGAGCUUGGUGCUCACAAACCAGGCUAUUAUUGAAGCUAUGGAAGGGGAAAAAAUGGUUCACAUAAUCGACUUGAACGCUGCAGAACCUGUACAAUGGGUUGCUCUUAUUCAAGCUUUGAGUGCACGGCCUGAAGGUCCACCACAUUUGCGAAUUACCGGGGUUCAUCAACAGAAAGAGGUACUGGAUCAAAUGGCGUAUCGACUGAGUGAAGAAGCUGAAAAACUGGAUAUCCCAUUUCAGUUCAAUUCCGUUGUUAGUAGACUAGAUGAUCUUAAUUUUGAAAAACUUCGUGUCAAAACUGGAGAGGCUCUAGCAAUCAGCUCGGUUCUUCAAUUACAUUCCUUAUUGGCCUCCGAUGACGAACUCUUGAGAAAGAGAUCCCCACUGGAAACAAAGAAUCUCAAUGGAAUACACUUAUCUAGAGUCCUGCAAAUUAACCAAAACACACUGGGUGAGCCGCUUGAGAAAGAUUUAGCUAGGCAUAGCCAGAGUCCUGACUCAACCUCAUCAUCGCCCAUAUCUUUAAACGGUUCGGCAAAGAUGGAUAGCUUUCUCAAUGCCUUGUGGGGUUUGACACCAAAGCUCAUGGUAAUAACAGAACAAGAUUCUAACCACAACGGGUCAACUUUAAUGGAGAGACUAUUGGAAGCUCUUUAUUCUUAUGCAGCAUUGUUUGAUUGUUUGGAGUCUACCAUGCCAAGAACAUCAUUGGAGAGAUUGAAGGUGGAGAAGAUGCUGUUUGGGGAGGAAAUUAAGAACAUCAUAGCAUGUGAAGGAGCUGAGAGGAAAGAAAGGCAUGAAAAGCUUGAGAAGUGGAUUCAAAGGCUUGAUUUGGGUGGGUUUGGGAAUGUGCCUUUAAGCUAUUAUGGUAUGCUGCAGGCAAGACAGUUGUUGCAAGGUUUUGGUUGUGACGGGUACAAGAUCAAGGAAGAGAAUGGUUGUGUGGUAAUAUGCUGGCAAGACCGAACCUUGUUUUCAGUAUCAGCUUGGAGGUGUAAAAAAUGAGAUUUGAAAUACUGAUCUCCCUGGUUUUAGUACCUCUUCUUUCCUUUUUGGUGUGAAAGAAUUCUCUUCCCUGUAAAUGAAUGCAGUUAAGGGUUGUUCUAAUUGUCCCUUCACUUACCAGCCAAAAACAAGGCUGUCUUCUUUUAUUACCUACAUAUAGAGUUUGUCUAUUUCUUCUCAUUUCAUAACCAAUGGAACCUUAAACUAACGUUUUGCUUUGUAUUAUGUGCGCUUGUAUUUCAA